AUGACCAUCUUAUCAUUAAUUAGUGACAGACAUUUUAAAUUUGUCUACAGUGAUGAUGUUCAUGUUGUUGCAAAUUAUUUGCAAAUUGCAAACUGGAUUGCUAUUCGUCGCUCCCUUUUUAUCGGGUUCGGAGUACAAGAUGGUGCUGACGAUGUGAAUUAUAGUGUGCAUUUUGCCACAAACACGUUGUUUCCAACGUUUAAUGAGGCAGUUAAUUGGCCGGAUGUUGUUGCCGUAAAUCUGGGUUUUCUUUUUGUUAAAUCGUCUUACAACAAAACCAGAGACGGUCGGCCGUACCGGUAUUUGAGGUGUGAUAGGGGCCGAAAGAGCCAGCCGAGAGAUCUUGAGAAUGCAAUUAGGAGGGACACCAAAACCAAAGCAAUUGGUUGUCCUUUCUACAUCAAGAUUUAUUAUGUCUUCGUCACCGACAGUUGGAAGAUCCGGGCCAAAAAUGAUGCAACUGGGACCUAUAACCAUCCAAUGAUUGUCUAUCCGGAGGGUCAUCGUAAGAUUAGUGGCUUGAGCCCGGAUGCAAAGAAGGUUGUGCAGGACAUGACAAAGUCCAAGGUUGCACCGCGUAACAUCAUGGCGACUAUUGCAGAGCAAUUUCCCGAUGAUCAUCCAAACAUCCGACAUAUCUACAACUGCCGGAAUGACUUGAGAGCGGAGAUGUCUGAUGAGAGAGGAGUUGUUCAGCAAUUUCUGCAUUUGGCGAGACAGAGCCAGUAUAUUUACUGGGUCAUGUCUGAUGAUGUCGGCGUUCUGCAGCAUGCGUUUAUGGUGCACCCGAUCACGGUGAAUUGA